GGUGACGUGACGUUCACAAACUGUUCGUCAAACUGUCUUUGGCAGCUCGGUUGGCAGGAUGGUCCGGCUGCAGUUCCGCACGUUUGAUAUCUACAGGAAGGUGCCAAAAGACCUCACCCAGCCCACGUACACUGGAGCUGUCAUCUCCAUCUGCUGCUGCGUCUUCAUGCUUUUCCUCUUUCUGUCCGAGCUGACGGGAUUCAUCGCUACAGAAAUAGUAAAUGAACUGUACGUGGACGAUCCUGAUAAAGAAAGUGGUGGGAAGAUUGAAGUGACUUUAAACAUCAGUUUGCCAAACUUACACUGUGAUUUGGUGGGUUUGGACAUCCAGGAUGAGAUGGGACGUCAUGAAGUCGGCCACAUAGAAAACUCCAUGAAGGUUCCACUCAACAAUGGUUACGGCUGCCGGUUCGAGGGCGAGUUCAGCAUUAAUAAAGUGCCUGGAAACUUCCACGUGUCCACACACAGCGCCACGGCGCAGCCGCAGAACCCGGACAUGACCCACAUCAUACACAGACUCGCCUUCGGGGAUAAACUUCAGGUGCAGCACGUCCAAGGAGCCUUUAAUGCCCUCGGUGGUGCCAACAGACUCCAGUCUAAUGCUCUGGCGUCCCAUGAUUACAUCCUGAAGAUUGUUCCUACAGUGUACGAGGAUCUUUCAGGAAAGCAGAAGUUCUCUUACCAGUACACCGUCGCCAACAAGGAAUACGUGUCGUACAGUCACACAGGCCGCAUCAUCCCAGCUAUUUGGUUCCGUUAUGAUCUGAGUCCCAUCACGGUGAAGUACACAGAGAGGAGGCAACCCAUCUACCGCUUCAUCACCACCAUCUGCGCCAUCAUCGGCGGGACUUUCACAGUGGCUGGUAUCAUAGAUUCCAUCAUAUUCACAGCCUCUGAAGCCUGGAAGAAAGUCCAGAUUGGAAAGAUGUCCUGAGAGUCUCACCUGUUUACCAAAUGUUUUAUUUAUACCAAGAAGACUGUCCAAAAUGUUUUCUCCUGUACUUCAGUAUGAGCUCAGUGUCCGGUCUCCUUUUUUAGAUUUUCUUUUAAUGUUACUGCAUUUUAAACCACCUGAUUAAGCUGGAUGAUCAUUUCUGGUGUGGCUGUUUUACAACUUAGAAUUUAGGGAACAUUUUUAUUGCUCUUUACUUAUCUUACCUGAUUUUAUUUUUAUUAUGACUUUUUGUCCUUUUGGCCAAAAUCACACACACACGAACACACACAAACACACAUCUUGUAUUUGACGUGUAAGUGUGUGUGAUGUGAAGGUGCGCAUUCUGUCACGCAACCUUUGCAAAAAUUAGACAGACACACAAGCAUUGAUAAAAACAAGUCGUUUCCCUGAAUAUUUUGAUAUUUUUUAGUAUUACAUGAUUGUUACAUUACAUAGGAAUGUUUAUAAGAAUAAGGAAAGGAAUUCAGUGAAUGUAUAAAUGUAUUUAGGAACAUACAUAGGAUCAAGAGGGAAAUAUAUAGGAGUCUAAAUGGCAUAUCCCACCCAUAUCUUAACAACAGGCCAAUCGUUCAUGUGCCGGUAGGCAGAGCUGAGCUGAGAUUCGAUACGAUGUAUUCGAGAUCCCAGCUCUGGUUUCAGCAUGUGUUUUUACCGCUGCUCCACCUGAGCGGUCCUGCUGUUAUUUUGUUUUAAUACAUAUUUAUGUAGUUUAGGUAAAAUGCCCAAAUUGAAUGCUAAAGGCAAAGAGAAUAAACCCACAACCCUUCCCGCUGUGAAUAUAAUCAUGGUGUAAGAACGGCAUUAAACAAUUAAAUAAAUAAAUAAGAAUAAACACACACCUGUAGUUAUACACUGACAUGGCAGGAUAAAAACGGCACCUGGCAAUUCCAGACAACAGGCUGUGGACCAUUUAUGCCUGGCUUUGUAAGCUGGCUGAUUUAAAUUGCAAAUCCAUUUGCUGCAAAUUGCACAAAACGAAACUAAAUUCCUCUAAAUUUGAGCUACACUUGAACUGUCUCACCUCUUUAUUGUUGUUUUUUUAAGAUCUUCCCUUAUUGCAUAAGCAUGAGGAAGGAAGGUGCAGUACAAUAGAAUAAAUACAGCUGUUUUUAUUGUACUGUACAUUACUGUAAGUACUGUGUAUGUUAGACUGUCGGGAAGUUGGCACGGCACAGGAUCAGCCACAUGGAGCAAACGGUUAAGGGUCCGACACCUCGGCAGAGCUUGUAUUUGAACCCUCAACAUUUCGAACUAUAGCCCAGAACCCUAAUAGCUCCCUCCCUGCAUCCUGUAUCUUCCCAUGUGCAAGCUGUGCACACUGCACCUUUACUCUGGUACACCAGUUACAUACACAGCACUCAAGGGAAAAUAAACACAAAAAGCUCAUUAGAUUCAGUCCCAGGUAUCAUAACUGUGCAAUAUGAGGAUUCAUCACACAGGGUUAUUAGUAAAGACGGUGCAAAUGCACAACUUUCUUUUUACUAGAACAUUCUUUUGGUUUUUUCCCCUCCCAAUAGGAAGUAACAUUAACCAACCCAGUAUAUUAAAGUCUUUUAAAGAUUGUUGCCAAUAUAAAUUGUUAGACAACAAAUCAGUCAUUAGAAAUGUUAGUAUUGUGAGAAUUCUGUAGGUAAAAUAGGGUUCUGAAGUGUUUUAAGAUUAGAUGCACGAGGGUAAGGGAAAUACGUGCUGUGAUGCAUUAGUUCAUGUAGAAAAAUGUUUGAAUUCUCUGAUUUAAUCCAUAUUAGAAUAAUGUUACUGUUUUGUUACUGUACUUAAAUGGUCAAAAAAAACAACAACUGGCCUCUUGUGCCUUACAGCAGUGGUCCCCAACCUUUUUUGCCCCACGGACCGGUGGGGGCGAGAGGAUUUAAAAUAGAAUAACUAUAGAAUGGAAAAUCAGUGGGAUCUCUGACCUUUUUUUGAUGCAACAAGACACUGCUCCCACCUAGUGGUGAUUGGGGACAGUAACACCAGAAAAGUUUUGGAAAUGUAAUUGCUCUUGUAACGAUCUCUAAUUAUUUAUUCUUUCUGUGUGGACCGGUAAUAAAUGACCCAAGGACCGGUACCGGUCUGCGGCCCCGUGGUUGGGGACCACUGCCUUACAGUGUUUAAAAUCAGAUUCUAAUCAGUACUUCCUAUCGGUGGUUGUUUUGUUAUGUUAAUAGAUCUUUGUACUUAUUGAAAUGAUCUGCUCAUUAUGUGCUUUUGUCCACCAAAGGAUUUAAAAUGAAGGUUUUUUUUUUAAUUGAAUUUUAAGAUUUUCCACUUCUGGUGUAAUUCUAUUUUAUUAAUGUGUAAUCUGUUUACAACAUCCACACCCUGAAGCACGGAGGCAGUGACCCCAGAUCUGACCACUGUUACGUUACUGAUGAUUUUUAAAGCUGCAGCGCUUCAUUCUGAAUGUGAUGCUUCCGUUUAUAUUCGACUCUGUUUACACUAGAAUGUUUGUCUGCUUUAUUAUCAUGUUAUAAUUCAUAUGAUCAGUGAUUUAUUCACAUGUUACAUGUUUAAUUACAUUUAUUGGUGAUUUUACCCAACAGUGGGUCACAGCAAAUGUACUGCAUGAAUGCCAAAGUUUUGAGUUACAGUAAAGUUUGAUGCCAAGUGUGUACAUUCAGACAAAAAUCUAACCUGGACCCAGAUUGAAACACAUGAAAUGACCGAGUCAUGAAAUGGACAUGAACGUGGUUACACAAACAAUAAACGUCCAGAAUAAAAGGAAAUCACAACCAGUAUAGAAAUGUGUUUUACACAGUGAAGCUCUAUCUUUUGGGCCUUUUCCACUUCACAUUAUUGCAUUUUGUUUCCAGAUGUAAAUGUAAAAUGUAACUAAACCUUUUAAACUGACCACCAUUUUAUUCAGUUUUUGUUGUUAUUUCAUGAUACGAUCAGAAUGGUAAUGUGUUUACAAUGUGCAAACGACGAGUUUGCAUUAACAAGCUGUUAUUUUUUCAGCCAGUUUUCAUUUUACCUUUUAUUAUUGUAGAUUAAAAUUUAAGUCCUC